ACAGUUGAGUGGUUAUGUAGGGAAGAACAGAAUUUAAUUAUAUAGUGUUGAUACAUUUUUUGUAAAAGUAAAAAGCUUUGUCAAAAUUGAUCCUAUUACUGUACUUGCGUCAGGCAUUCUAUUGAGAUGCUGGGAUAAUAACUUACAGUCUUCUUAGAGAAUAAGCUUCAACACAGAUAACAUCUCACAGUGGACAUCUGGAAGAUAAUUUACUUCAUUCAAAGAAGAAGAUUUUUAACAGGGAAGAAGUGCAAUUGACUAUUAUUCGAUUUUGAUCAGCUGAUUGAACUCUGAAGCUGACAUACAUUCUCAACAGAAAGAAAUCAAUUUCAUUGGCAAACUGGGGAUUUUUUUCAUUGACUGUGCAUUUAACAACUGUUUGUGUGUAAUUGUUUGUUUGUGAACAAGUGUGUAUGUUGAUAGAUAGCAUAAAUCAUCAUUUACGUAGGAAUUAGUUGUGUGGUUGGUUACAUUUGCAUCAAUAAGUAUUCAAGUUUCACUGAAUUAAUUGAAAGGGAAAUUAAGAAUGCUCAUAAUUAUGUGGAAGAAUUAAUUAGAUUUAUGCGAUUGUAGAGUGUGAUUACUCUGAUGUAUUGUUAUUAGCCUCAAGGAGUUUACACAUAAGUUGUAAUAUCUUUAAUAACUUUAUGACAAAUUAUUAGAAUAUUUCCAUUUGAUUGGAGGCCUUUGAUUAGUGUUAAUUAGGUCACAUUGUACCUGGAGAGAAAGCUACGUUAAUUAACAUUGUAAAAUAAUGGGAAAUAAGUUUCGUAAAUUUACGAUUUCUGGUGGGAGUAGUGGUGAGAAGGAAAACAAAUCAAAAGACAAUGUCGAGGCCACAGCUGCAGCACAGAAAAGUGAAAAGGCCCCUGAGGACCAAAACGAUAAAGUUCAAAAUGAUAUAAAACAGUCUGAAUCUCAAAACAAAACUGACACAGGACAGGAUGUUGUUUUGAAAGAGGAUUCAACACCCCAGAGUGAUGAGAACAAAUCUGACACAGGGCAGGGUGUCGAUUUGAAGGAGGAUGCAAAACCUCAAAGUGAUGAAAAUGAAAAGACUGAUGAAAAUCAAGUUGAAAGUGAAAGUGAAAGUAAAGAAACCAAGUCAGAAGAAGUUGGGUGGAAAGCAAGUGAACCUCAGGUCAUUGAUGAAGAACAAAAAGCAAAACCAGUCAAAUCAUCUACACCACCUAGUGACGAGAAGGAAGAUGAUAUAUCAGAAACUCCACCUCAUCACAUGCAAAAGAGGAUCAGAAGAGGGGCAGUCAGUGCAGAGGUGUAUAAAGAGGAGGAUGCAGCUCAGUAUGUCAAAAAGGUUGUGCCAAAGGACUACAAAACCAUGGCAGCAUUGUCAAAAGCUAUCGGCAAAAAUGUUCUCUUUUCUCAUUUAGAUGAUAAUGAAAGAAGCGAUAUUUUCGAUGCCAUGUUUCCAGUGCACAGACAUUCAGGGGAGGUCAUUAUACUGCAAGGUGAUGAGGGUGAUAAUUUCUAUGUUAUUGACCAGGGUGAAGUAGAUAUAUUUGUAAAUGGAGUUCAUGUGACAACCAUUAGUGAGGGUGGUAGUUUUGGAGAGCUGGCUCUUAUUUAUGGAACCCCUAGAGCAGCAACAGUUAAGGCCAAAGGUGAUGUAAAAUUAUGGGGUAUUGACAGAGACAGUUACCGAAGAAUACUUAUGGGAAGUACAAUACGAAAGAGAAAAAUGUAUGAAGAAUUCCUUUGUAAAGUUUCUAUAUUGGAAAACCUUGACAAAUGGGAGAGACUUACAGUAGCAGAUGCCUUAGAACCAGUACAAUUUGAAGAUGGAGAAGAAAUAGUUAGACAAGGGGAACCAGGAGAAGAUUUCUUUAUCAUUGCUGAGGGUCAAGCUUCCGUUUUACAGAGAAAAUCAGAUGAUGAGGAACCAAUAGAAGUAGGAAGAUUAGGAAUCUCAGAUUACUUUGGUGAAAUUGCUUUAAUAUUAGACCGACCCAGAGCUGCCACAGUCAUCGCUAGAGGCCAAUUAAAAUGUGUCAAACUAGAUAGAGGAAGAUUUGAGCGUGUAUUAGGGCCUUGUUCUGACAUUCUGAAGAGAAACAUUUCACAAUACAAUAGUUUUGUUUCAUUAUCAGUGUAGAACUUACUCAGUUGUAUAGAUUUUAUUUUUUGAUAUUUUAUGGACGCAGUUGAAAGUAUUUUGCUAUUUUCACAGAUUUCAUUUGUGAAUUGAUCUCAAGAACUUCUUCAUUUUGUAUGAAAUGUUUAAUUGAAUGUUUGAAUGGAAGUUAAAAAUGAGAAAAAAUCUAUUAAAACAAAAUGUUUUAUGUCCCUUUUCAAUUCCCCUCAGAUACGUUUAUAAAACCCUCAAAAUUUUAUUACAAUCCAUAGUGGAUGAAUUUUCAUGAACACAUAUUUAAAAAGAUAAAUAAUUUCUAUUUUUGUUCUUAGUUGACACAGGAUUAAGGGAUAUUUAAGUUUGCUCAUAGUCUGUACAUGUAAAUCAUGUUCUUAAAAUGUACACGAAUUAUUCAUAGAGAUGAACUAAAUAAUUUUUUUAUUGUCAUGACUUAAUAAUAUGCAAAUUACCUCUUUGAUGAAAGGAAUUUAAUAUGUUUUAUGUUUUACUGCAGGUGAUGAGCUUUAUAUUUUAGAAUUCAUAUGUUCAUGAGUUUAUUUAAAUGAAAAUAGCAAUUUACUUUCUAUAUGUGUUGUUCCAAAGUCGUUAAAAAUAAUUUAUUAUUAAUAAAGCUAGGGCUUAAGACUUGUGAUAGGUUAGGCUUUGUUAGAAUUGUACAAAUUUUACCAUGCUGUAUAUUGCUUAUAUAGAAGAUAUUGUACAGUAUAGAAUGUAUAGGUAUAGUUUUGGGGUAUUUGUAUGGAAUUAAAAACUCUUAACAAAAUAGGCCAUUAAGAAAAAGUCUCAUUUCUGAGGUAACUUAAUUUUGAUACAGACACACUUGAUCUGACACAAAAUAUUUUGAUCUUUCUAAACUGUAACAUUGUAAAAAUAAUAAGAAGAAAUGUGUAAAAAAUUCAGUUGAUACAUGCACCAUCUUUGGCUCCUUUUUGAGGUACGGCUAUUGCCAAUAUUUUUUCAUGAAUUAUUUCGUCUUAGACUUUAUAUUAUAAUAUCCUAUAUCCAUUCUUGCAAGGCUAGAUUUCUGAAAGGGAAAAGAAAUUAAUUCAAAUCGUUAAAACCAGUUUCUUCGUCAAUUGUUGGCCGAGCCUGAGUAACAAAUAUUGUUUGACUGUGUGGCCUUUUGUUAAUAUCUUUAAAGAUUAAAUUUAUUGUUUUGUUUUUGCUGUUUUUUAAGUUUGUUUUGUUUGCUGACUAAAACAUUUUAUUUUAACAAAGAUUCUUACUCCAUUCAAUGUUCUUGAUUGAUUAUUAGUUGUUUCAAGUUAAAAUAUUAUCAUCAACUUAUUUUGAAUUUAGAGUCUAUGACCACGAUCAUUAGAAAUUACUUGUAUUAGAAUAGCAGUAGUAUUCGGGGGCUGAUCAAAUAUUUUUUAAUGGGGGGUUGGGAAUUCAAAAAAGAGAAAAUAUAGUGUGAACAUUUUUUGGACAAUUUUAUACUAAACAAUGAUAUAUUUUCCAUUGCAAAGGGGGGACAUAUGCCGUUCAUGCAAUCCUUAAUCUCCCACUGGUAUUGUCCUGGUUUUUAAAGAAAAGUUGAUUUUUGAUGUUUUGGGUUUGAAACCCCUGAGAGUCAAUUAGUUGAAUUAUUAAGCUCAAUGUAUGAAUGUUUAUUUAUUUGUUUCAGAUUAAAAUUUGUUCUUAUUUAUAUUUUGAGCAGGGCAUUUUUACUUUAGAGUUAAAGUCCAGUAUUUAUUGUAAAUUUACCUCACUUUCUCUUAAAGGUAUUUUUUAUUUUUCAUCCUAAAUUCAAAUCUUUUCUUUGUAUUUAACACUAAUUUAUUUAUAAAAUUAUUUAUUUAUUUUCUAAUUAAAUAAAAAAGCUAAUUUAAGUAGAUUUAAGUCAUGUUUUACUAAUAACAGAAGUAACAGUUAAUCAUUGAAUCCUUUGAAGUUACUGUUCUGCUUCUCUAAUCAGUAUCGAUUAAAAGAAUCAGUGUCUGACAUGUAACCUUUUUUUUAAAAAGAAAGAAAACAGUUUAAAUUUAUUCAGUUAAACAACCAUAUUUAACUAUAGAUAUUAGAUUAUCAUCAAUUUGAUGCCUCGUUCACACGUACAUUUAAUUCGAAUUGAAUUCGAAUCGAAUGCGAAUCGAAUUCGCUAAUCGCGUUCACACACUCUUCUUUUUUAAUUCGAAUUGAUUCGAAUUGGCUAAUUCGAAUUAUCCAAUUCGCAAUAGCAAUACGUUUUUGUUAAUACGAAUUAAAAGAUAACGUCGUUCGGACAGUAAAGCGAAUUUGACGCGCAUUGCAAUUCGAAUAAGAAUUGACGUUAGGACGUAAAACUUUCGAAUGCGAAUUAAACUAAUUCGAAUUAGUUAAUGCGAAUCGAAUUCGAAUUACGUGUGAACUCAGCAUGAAAUCAUUCUCUUACAGAUAUAAAAAGUAAUUUUUUCAACAAAGAAAAAAAAAUUCAAAGGGAUUUUCCAGUGCCCACUUGACCAAUUUAAGAAAAAAGGCUCAAGCAACGUUUGUUUUGAAUGGCUUUAUACUCUUUCCUGUCAAAUACUUUCUUAUGCAAAGGGAGCUAACCGCUUUAGGUAUAAUUUACAAAGUUUUGCUUGCCAGUAUUUAUCUUAUGUAGUAAAAGGUAAAUUAUUAUAGUUUAUAUAUUAUUAAAUUCUAUACUUUUUCUUUCCUGUUAUAUUUAUAAAUAGCACAAAAUAUGUAGCUACAAUAAGAAUAGGAAUGGUUUAUAUAAGAAGUGUUUGUAAAUGUAUUUUGUUGCCUUUACUUAUAAUAUUUUUUUAUGUUUAAUUAAAAUCUACUAAAGAAUAACUUUUCCUAUAGAUAUACAUUUCAUGCAGUACAGCUUCUGUAAUGAAUAUUUUAUUUUAUUCUUCCAUUAAAAGAUAUAAAAAGAUAAUCAUUUUAAAUAUUGAUUUGAUUGAUUCUAACUAAUCCUUACUGGUUAUUCUAUCAGAUUAGUAAAUUUGAAAGUCGAUGUACCUUAAAUAUAACUAUUCUUGGUGUUCUGGAUUAUAUAAAUGAAUGUCCAUAUUCAGUUACAAAUGUUCUAAGAAUUAUUGUAAAUGGGAUCAGAUGGGAAGCAUAUUUGAAUAAAUAUUUCUGAGAAGUAAGCUGUUAUUAAAGAUCAAUUUAAGGAAGAAAGAAAAAGAAAAAAGGAAAGUUUAUGCAUGGAUAAAGAUAAUGUCUUUCCUUCUCUUUUAAUUACUGUAGAAACAUUUAUUAUCAUAGGAGGAAAAUUUGUUUGUUUUUUCUCUAAAAUUUAUUUGGUUGGGAUUAAGUUUCAUGGUUUCUAGUAGGUAGACAAAGUAAUGCUUAAUAAAAUGUUUUUUUAGGGGGGUUUUGAAUUUCUGGAUCAUAUCUUUCCAUGAAAUAAAUGAAAUAAAACCCUAUUUUACAGUACACUUGUUUCUGAAAAGCCUAUAUAGAAUUAGUCCAUUUAUUUUUUUUAAGCUUUUUUUUAAAUCUCCUUUUAACAAUUGUAAUAUAAUUAUCAAGCUACCUCUCUGGUGUACAACAGAACAUUAGAAUGGGUGUCAAAAUGCAUAUCUGGUCAAAUGAGCAUACCGGUAACUUCAAAAAUCAAAAAGCAUUGUUAAAGUUGUUAGUUUGAUCAUUAGUUACUUCCCUUUCAUAACAAUUGUUAAAAAAUUAAAAAAUUCAUCCCGUAAUUAGAUGAAUGUAAAGUUUCAUACAUUUUGAUAGAACUGAUUUCCAGUUAUAUAACAUUGUAUGCUAGUAAAAUUGAUAUAUUCCAAGGAGCAAAAGGAGUUUUUUAUAUACCUCUGUUGUUUAGUGCACGUGUACCUGUCGUCUGCCAUUAUAUGAAAUGUCUUCAGCUGCUGUACAUAAAAACCAUAAAUUACAUUUGUUAUACAUCUUAGGACAGAAUUUUACAAAUAUAAUAUUUUGAUUUUUUUGUGAAUUUUAUGUUUACUAAUGAAAUGUUUUGUUUUUUUUUUUUUUGCUGAAAAUAAACUUGUUGAUAUGAAGCAAUAUUGAAAAAAAAAUAUAAAAUAAAAUAUUCAGCCAUUGCCA